GGAUAAAAAUAAAAGUCCAAAUUCUCAAAGAAGAAAUGAUAACCAUUCAAAAGUUUCAAUUGCAUUAGUUACAAUAGCAUAUUUAUUGGGUAAUAUUGAUAGAGUCAAUAUUGGCAAUGCAAAAAUAGCAGGUUUUGUAGCUAAUACGGGAAUAAAAGAAUCGGAUUUUAACAAUGCACUCUCGUGUUUUUAUAUUGGAUACGUAUUAUUUGAUAUCCCAUCAAAUAUAAUGACAAAAAAAAUUGGCAUCAAUUUUUGGUUUCCAAUUAUAAUGAUCGGGUGGGCUAUUUGUUCAUUGAUUCAAGCCUUUAUUGUUAACGCUGCAGAACUAUAUGUCUUGAGGAUUUUGAUUGGCAUUUUUGAGUCGGGAUUGACUCCUGGCUUCUUAUUUUAUUUAACACUAUGGUAUGAUCCUUACGAGCUAACCGUCAGAGUUGCCUUUUGUUUUGGCAUGGCUAUGUCUGCCGGAGCAUUUGGUGGUAUUGCAGCGUAUGGUAUAGAGCAAAUGGAUGGAUAUGCAGGAUUGUAUGGAUGGCAAUGGAUAUUUAUCAUAGAAGCAUUUCCAACAAUAAUUGUGGCGUUGGUUUUUUUUUUUGUUCCUAAAAAUCCAGAAAGCGCUAAAUUUUUAUCAAAAGAAGAAGUCUCAUUAAUUCAAAAAAAACUAAAAUCAUCAUCUUCUUCAAAAAAAUUAUCAAAUGAAUUAACAAAGAAACAAUUAAUCAGUGUUUUCACCGAUUAUAAGAUUUAUAUUUAUACACUAAUGAUGACCUUAACAGUGACAAUCUCCAGUUCUCUCCUAGUAUUUACACCGUCAAUCAUCAGAGAUUUAGGGUUUGAUGCAUUGGCGGCACAGGCAUUAUCAACGCCACCAUUUAUAAUAGGUACCAUGGGAAUAUUUUUUACUGCUUGGUCAAGCAAUAGAAAUAAUGAACGUGGCUUACAUAUUGUUGGACCCGGGCUGGUUUCGAUUGCUGGAAUCCUUGGAUUGAUUUUUGUUGAGCCGGUUAAAGCAAACAUAACGGCAAGAUAUAUAUUAUUUUGUAUUGUUAUCACCGGAGCGCUUUCGUACCUUCCAGUCCUCACUGGUUGGUUUAUAAAUAAUAUUGCAAUAGCUUUUAUAGUCGGUGUGGGACAAAUCGGAGGAAUUAUAGGAGGUCAAGUGUAUAGAGCAGAUGAUUCACCAAAAUUUAUACGUGGUCAUUCGAUAUUGCUGGCAUUUUCGUGUUUAAAUAUAGCUCUGGCUUUAUUAAUGAAAUUCAUAUUACAUAACAUUAAUAAAAAACGAAACUCGAUUAGUUUGACCAAUGAAAGUAAUUUUGGGUCAGGAAUAGGGAAGGUGGAUUAUAGUGUAGAAAGUUAUGAUGAAGAAUUAUGUGAUAAUCAUCCUAGUUGGAGAUUUGAAACCUAA